ACGACGUCAGUGGGCCCGCAUACUUGACCUCCUUGAUCGUUACCGCCAACUUCGCUCUCGCAACCUGAAGGAAGAAAAUCAAGCUGUUGCUGUCAUGUCGGAUGACACCAGCCAGAAGGUGGUAAUGGACGUGCAUGACUUCAUGGGCGGAGACGUGAAGGUGAAGGUGGUAGGCGAAAAAGACCUCGUGGUGGAGGGGAGUGUGGAGAAGAAAGAGGGAGGUUCUUCAGUGUCCUCGCACUCCUUCAGACGCCGCUUCUCCCUGCCUCGUCUCACUGACUUGUCAGCCAUUGACUCUGUCAUGUCUUCAGAUGGUAUCCUCACCAUUACAUCCCCUAAAAUAGAGAGCGAACCACAGCACAAGACCACCAUCAUCCCCAUCCAGAUGGAGGAAACUCAGAAUAAGAGUGUUGGUGAAGCAACUUCGUCUGAAUCUUUCAAAUGUGAACAAUGUAGUCAAAAGCAGACUUCUGUCAAUGGAAGCAAACAGGGAGUAAAUGUCCCCAUCAAGAACUACGAGCAACCUUCGGAGGCCAACAAAUCACAGCCCAAACAAAGUCAGAUCACUCAAGAAUCCACUCAGUCAUCGACUUCCCCCAGAUUGAUUCCUAUUGAAAUCGAGGCAGAUGAAAGCACAAAUAGAGCUCUCUUGAGUCAGGGGACGCAGUCAUCGGAAUCCCAGUUAAAAUCCUUGGAAAAUGACAAGAUGUUUCAAAUGGAUUCGUUCCCUGGACACUUCUUUCCCAUCACAACACGAGGACUCUUCUUCAAUGACUCCUUCUUCCAAGACUCGUGGAAUGACUUCCAGAAGGCCGUGAGGGUGUUGGCCAGGUGGGGAGAGCAGUCAUCGCUGGUCGACGACCUGACUAGUUACAGGAAUCUUCGAAGUCGCGAUCUUCGAGAAGAUACUCAGGCUGUCAUGUCCUCGGAGGAUGAACAUAAGCAUAAGUUUGUAAUUGAUGUCCAAGAUUUCAUGGACGGUGGACAGAUAAACGUGAAAGCUGUGAACGAUCGAGAACUGGUGGUUUCAGGCCACACUGACAAGAAUGAGGGCGGCUCGAAGUCCACCAAGCGGUUCCUUCGACGCUUCGUUGUUCCUGGAGACAUUCAGCUUGAUGCCGUUACUUCAGUCGUGUCUUCUGAUGGCGUGCUCACUGUUUCUGCUCCGAAGAAGCACUCAACACUCCAGAUAGAGAGGUCUUUCGCAGGAACAACGAAGCGUCGAGGAACCGCUUGGUGGACUUCGAGCCGCCCUCAUUCUUGUCAGUGUGGCACUGAAACCACCAGUUCUCGAUCGUUCACAGCUUUCACACCAAAUAUGUACCUUAUGCUUAUGUUCAUCCUCCGAGGACAUGACAGCCUGAGUAUCUUCUCGAAGAUCGCGACUUCGAAGAUUCCUAAGUCUGCUUUUGACUACAUUGUUCACAUUGAAAGAUUCAGACGAAGUGGCUUCACCAACACUCUUAUUCUGAGUUUCCUCCAUCUGGAUGGGGAUGAUGGUGGUCUUGUGCUGUGGGGAUGUAAUGGUUGCGGAGCGAAGUUGGCGGUAACGAUCAAGGAGGUCAGUGUGACGGGCACUGACGUCGUCCCAGGGUCGGUGAGCUUGAGGUCAAAGUCGCACCAUCUGUUCAGUAUGUCCCUGACGGUGGCAUGGAAGUGCUGGUGGAAGUUGGUGAAGAACGAGUCUUGGAAGAAACUUCCUUUGAGAGUGAUGGGAGGAACAUGUCCAGGGCCGCUUCACUCCGCCACAAUCACUCGAUCUGUACUAGAAGCUCAAUACUUCUCUCAGUCUACACUCUUGGAACUAGUUCUAUUCAUACACCGUGACGUGCGGCCACGUCACACGUCCACUCCUGCCAACAUGGGUACUAGUUUCUCGAGUGGUCAGCCAGUUUGUGAGCCUGGCAUCAAGUGUUGCAACUGUGGCGGAGUGAAGCGGCCCUGGGACAUGUUCCUCCCAUCACUUCAAAGGAAGUUUCUUCCAAGACUCGUUCUUCACCAACUUCCACAGCACUUCCAUGCCACCGUCAGGGACAUACUGAACAGAUUGGUGGUAAUGGACGUGCAUGACUUCAUGGGCGGAGACGUGAAGGUGAAGGUGGUAGGCGAAAAAGACCUCGUGGUGGAGGGGAGUGUGGAGAAGAAAGAGGGAGGUUCUUCAGUGUCCUCGCACUCCUUCAGACGCCGCUUCUCCCUGCCUCGUCUCACUGACUUGUCAGCCAUUAACUCUGUCAUGUCUUCAGAUGGAGAGCGAACCCAGCACAAGACCACCAUCAUCCCCAUCCAGAUGGAGGAAACUCAGAAUAAGAUCAAAAAGCAGACUUCUGUCAGUGGAAGCAAACAGGGAGUAAAUGUUCCCAUCAAGAACUACGAGCAACCUUCGGAGGCCAACAAAUCACAGCCCAAACAAAGUCAGAUCACUCAAGAAUCCACUCAGUCAUCGACUUCCCCCAGAUUGAUUCCUAUUGAAAUCGAGGCAGAUGAAAGCACAAAUAGAGCUCUCUUGAGUCAGGGGACGCAGUCAUCGGAAUCCCAGUUAAAAUCCUUGGAAAAUGACAAGAUGUUUCAAAUGGAUUCGUUCCCUGGACACUUCUUUCCCAUCACAACACGAGGACUCUUCUUCAAUGACUCCUUCUUCCAAGACUCGUGGAAUGACUUCCAGAAGGCCGUGAGGGAGGUGUUGGCCAGGUGGGGAGAGCAGUCAUCGCUGGUCGACGACCUGACUAGUUACAGGAAUCUUCGAAGUCGCGAUCUUCGAGAAGAUACUCAGGCUGUCAUGUCCUCGGAGGAUGAACAUCAGCAUAAGUUUGUAAUUGAUGUCCAAGAUUUCAUGGACGGUGGACAGAUAAACGUGAAAGCUGUGAACGAUCGAGAACUGGUGGUUUCAGGCCACACUGACAAGAAUGAGGGCGGCUCGAAGUCCACCAAGCGGUUCCUUCGACGCUUCGUUGUUCCUGGAGACAUUCAGCUUGAUGCCGUUACUUCAGUCGUGUCUUCUGAUGGCGUGCUCACUGUUUCUGCUCCGAAGAAGCACUCAACACUCCAGAUAGAGGAGGUCUUUUCGCCAUUAAGCAUCGAAGGAAGUGAGAAGAAGCUGACCAGCCCAGGCACGACCAAGAGCAACUCAUCGGGAGCCACGGCGUCUCCUGUCGGUCAGCAGACAUCCACAGACCAAACUUCUAAUUCUCUAAACAAAGAAGAUCCAUAUGUACUCGUGACUGCAGUUCCCGCGAGAGUCGAAGAAGUGCCAGACUCAGCAAAGAAGAAACCCUCUUCCACCUCUGUUCCUUUGAAAAACGUCUCUGUUAAGCCAAAAUCCUUCGACACAAAGGAAAAGGAAGGCAACGAAGGAGACGAGGAGAAGGUCGACUAUAAGGCGGCGCUCAAGCCGAGACCCAGCGGAGGGAAAUUCCCAAUCAAGAUUAGUGGGACAGUGAUCGGCAGUGACUCGGUGUGAGAUGAAUGAGAGGAAAGUUGAUAAUAGGAAUGAAUGUGUGUUUAUGUAGAUGUAAACUUUUAUUAUUACUGUUUGUAUGUAAUUCAUGUUACUGUUGUUGUCUGUAAUAUUUAUUUACCUUAUUAUCACUGAUUGUAUAUUAUUCCAUGCUUCGCUCAGCAAGUAUUUCUUACUGCAGGAGACACGGUUUAGGAUACUUGCAAAAUAUUUUUAUAGGCAUUACCUU